AUGCUGCGGCCUACCAGAUUACUCAGGCGGCUUGACUUCCGUAUCAUGCCUAUGUUAAUGCUGGUGUACCUGUUCGACUAUUCCGCCCGAGCGAACAUUGGAAACGCCAAAAUCCUGAACGCCGAUACAGGCGAUUCCCUUGUCCAGGUUCUCCAUAUCACAGAUCACCAGUUUGCUGUCGUUCUGAUGGUUUUUGUCGUCCCAUUUGUGCUGUUCGAAACUCCAUCAAACUAUCUGCUCAAAUAUUUCUCUCCGCCGCGUUGGCUUGCGUUUAUCAUUCUCGGUUGGGGAGUGACGGAUAUGGUGAUGGCCGCGUCUCGGAGCUACGGCGCAUUGCUUGGGUUGCGGAUCUUGCUUGGGACAUUCGAAGCAGGUCCCUGGUACAGGCUUCAAGAGCGUGCCCUUCGAUUAUCGUUCAUAAUAGCAACUGCACCUCUCGGCGGCGCAUUCAGUGGGAGUAUCGCAUAUGGUAUCGGAUUUGUUAAUGGGACUCGAGGUCUGGAAGCCUGGCGGUGGUUAUUCAUUAUUGAAGGUGCACCGUCAUGCUGCCUCGCAGUGAUCGUAUACUUCUUCUUCCCCUCCUACCCGGAACGGGCAAGCUGGCUAUCCUCCGACGAUCGAAUGAUCGCCAUCUCUAGGAUGAAGCAGGAGACGUCCAAGUCAAUGGAAAGUGAAAGGAUAAAUUGGGACAGUACUAAGCGUGCCCUGCUAGAUUGGAGGCUCUAUCUGCAUCACUUGGUGUUCUUCGCCUUGUCAGUGCCGUUGGCGAGUACAUCGUUAUUCCUACCGACGAUAGUUAGUGAGCUGGGUUAUGAUGGCCAGAAUGCCCAGCUGUUCACUGUACCACCUUUUGCCAUCGUAUUCGUGGCUACUUGCGAUAUCGAUACCAACGCGGCAACUUUGGCUAUUCCGAUGAAUAUGGCUAUCGGCGCGCUAGGUCAGAUAGUUGGUUUCUUUAUAUACAAGUCCAAGGAAGCUCCAGGAUACCCAACUGGGCAUUUUACAAAUGGGGCGUUACUUUUGGCAGGCGCGUCAGGUGUAGGGAUGCUGAGAGCUAUUUACCAGAGGAGAAACAAGGGUUCCGGCGUUGGGCAGAGUAUUUGGCAUGUUUAA